AUGAAAUGCCUGCCUCGUGACAAGAUACAAGCUCUAGGCGGCAAUGUCGUGCACGACAGUCAUGCUGAGAUUCUGGCUCUGCGGGCCUUCAAUCGCUUCCUUCUAGAUCAGUCUGCUUUGCUAUGUGCUGACCCUUCUGCUGACAAUCUCCUCCAAUCAUCCUCUGCACAUCACUCCUUCACAAUCAAUCCACAGACCACAAUCCACAUGUAUUGUAGCGAGGCUCCUUGCGGUGAUGCCAGCAUGGAACUCACCAUGGCUCAACAGGACGAUCAAUCUCCUUGGACAAGCACAUCUGUAGCCGAGCCCGACGACUUGUUCGGAAGAGGCUACUUCGGAACCUUGGGUGUAGUGCGUCGCAAACCUGCUCGUCCAGAUGCUCCUCCCACCUGGUCAAAGUCAUGCUCCGACAAACUCGCCCUCAAGCAAUACACAUCUGUGCUGUCCGCCGUCAGCUCCUUGUUGAUACAUCCAGAAAACGCAUAUAUCCACACUCUUGUCAUGCCUCGGAGCCAAGUGGUCCCCGAAGCCUGCGAUAGAGCUUUCGGUCUCAAUGGACGUCUGUCAGCAUUGCAACAUAUAUCCUCUGGUCGAUUUGCUUUUCGUCCUUUCACCAUUCGCCCAACGACCCGCGAGUUUGCAUUCAGCCGCCGAAUUGCAGAUCCAUCCACUACCUCAAUCGUACCAUCAAACAUCUCUUCCCUGACAUACGGUCCUAAGCAAGAGACGCUCAUCAACGGCUCGCUCCAGGGAAGGAAGCAAGGUGAUCCGAGAGGAGCUUCUGCCGUCUCCAGGCGCUCAAUGUGGGCUCUGGCGCUGCGGACCGCUGCCUUACUGGCGCAGCCUGCUCUCAUUGCUGCGCUAGACGUAAAGUCCUACGCGGACGUCAAGCGCAGCAAACUGCUAGCUGACCGGGAAGCGGCAAAGCACACAGCCAGAGACACAUCACUACGAGGCUGGAAGAGGAACGUUGGCGAUGACGAGUGGUCCUUGUCAGAACCGAAGUCUUCUCAAUGA